AUGCAUCUCCUCUCCCUCCUCGCAGCAUCCCUCCUCUCAGCAACAGCACUCGCCCGCAAUCCCUUCAUAGACUACUUCUGCGACCUCGCCGCAGACAACACCAAAUUCAUCCAGCAGCCGUACUGCUGCUCCGACCUGGUGCCGGCACGAAACAACGACAAAGGGAUGAUGGGUGAUAAAUGCGAGCAACUCGAUGAUGAGCAUGUUAUUGUGAAGUGUAAGGAUGGGACGAAGCCUGUGUGCUGUUAUACUGUUGGCCCGAAGUACAUUUGCACUACUGUCGCGCAGUUGGAGACGGCGGCUGAUGAGUGA